AUGCUUCUGAGCAAAUUUCGUUUUAGUGCAUUUAAAGCCAAAGUCGACGUUUGUACGCAGCCCUUUCAACAUCAGACGCUGUUAGCGUUCCUUGUAAAAAAAAUAUCGAAGCCGAACAGAACAAACAGGGUCCUCACUACCACAAAGUACACUAGCAUGGUCAUGCUUGCCUCAACCGGCAAUAUGUGCUUGCAUAAACAGCACAAGAAGCUCUUUUUGCGUGAAGUAAAGUAUCGCGCAAUCACCACGGGACACCGCAAAGUAAGUGAAAGGAUGAAAAAUUGGACUAGGAUGCUGGGCAAGUACCAGCUUGUGCGCAUUCGAUGCUACACAAGCACAUCCGUGGAUCGCAUUAUGCUUUUAGGUCUCACGCAAAGUCGGACUUACCCACUUUUCAAACUAUCAAUUAAAUGUUCCACUUUUGGAUUCAGUUCUAAAAUCGAGUUUGAGAACCUAUGCUUUUAA